AUUAUUGCUAUGCUAGCCAGCUAACAUUAGGCUAUCACAGCAGCAGGUAAUAUCUACGUAAACGUAGUGAGCCAAGCUAGUUAGCAAGCCAAGCUCUUCUUCUCUAUGCUAUUUCGUGUUUCUGCCAGUUUAUGUUUAUAAAACGUUUAUUUUAUUUUAACCGUUUCUUUCCUUGUCUAUUAAAAGACGCAACAUUUUGGGUAACAUAACAUUAGCCCGACUGCUGACGUGUAACGUUAUUGUAAAGGUUAACGUUGGCUAGUUAAAAUACCAGCAUUUUUGAAGCGCUGAAUUGAAAUGAGCUGUCUUGUUGAAACAGCUGGUCGUAAAUAUAAACUCGCUAGUUGGGCAGUAAAACUCUUCAUAAAUUAAUUUAGAAAAAAAAAAACCAAAACAACGUGUCAUAUAGCUACCACUCAGCUACAUAUGCCUAUUUAUUUUAUUGCUGCAAAGAUAUAUCAUUUAAUAACUUCUUAUAAUCAAGUCUUGCUAUCGCUAGCAUGUGAACCAAUGUUAUCAUCUAAUAUUAGCUAGUGUUAGCAGGUUAAUAGAAGUCAACAAAACAAGGUAUUGGUAUUCAUUCAUUCAUCCAUUCAUUUAUUCAUUCCGUUGUUAUCAUUGACCAGCAAAGUUUAUUUGAAAGCUAGCUUAGGGUACGAUGCAUGCUUUAUUACAUUUAUGUUGUGGCUCUAUUGUAUUUUACUUGUAACAUAAUGGUCACUUGGCAUUGGUAUCAUAGCUGUCUAAUGUUAGUUGACACACUUGUUCAUUAACAUGAAAGAUUAACGUAGUAUCGACAUGUUUGCAGUAUCGUGGUUGGCCCUUUUUCAGUUAUGUCGAUAAACACUGUGAUUGAAGAGGCUGCUCCCAUCAACUUGUGAGCUGUAAUACCACUGCAAGACCUCGCAGUAGCCAUAUCUGGAUACAAUGUUGGGGUGUAUCUUUCAGUACUUAUACACAUCCUUCCUGCGAUUUUUGUUGAAGUGGGUUCUACGGCAACUUACUGGGAAGUGUGAGCUCCAGAGGAUAUGUAUGGGCUACAAGCCAGGAGCAAAAAGGACUGCAAGGGCAGAGUAUUCCCUGGAGUCUUCAAAGAGCAAGGUAUUGAAGGCAUCAGUGAAUGCAGAAGAAGACACUGUGGAAGACUAUGUGGAGAAAAUAAUGAAGGAAAAAAACAUCAAAGAGCAGAAAGAUCCCACGUUUAAGAAGAAUCUGAACUCACUUUUGUGCCAAAUAAGUGGGUACAAUAAUCUUUAUCGAUCUGUGGAACAGCUAAGGAAAGAAGUAUUUGACUGUGAAAAGGAAGAGCAUGAGAAAAUGCUUUUAAAGCUCUGGGAUCUCCUGAUGCCUUCCACAAAACUGGAGUCCAGAAUCACUAAGCAGUGGGGGGACAUUGGUUUCCAAGGUGAUGAUCCCAAGACGGACUUCCGCGGAAUGGGAAUGCUAGGCCUGACAAAUCUUGUGUUUUUCAGUGAGAACUACACUGAAGCAGCACGGCAAGUCCUCUCACAUGCCAACCAUCCCAAAUUGGGGUACUCGUACGCUAUAGUGGGGAUCAACUUGACAGAGAUGGCCUACAGCCUGCUGAAGAGUGGUGCGCUCAAACUUCACUUCUAUAACAGCGUCGAAGACCGGGCCCAGAUGAAGCACUUUCACCUGCUCUACUGUUACUUGGCGUACGAGUUCAACAAGUUCUGGAUUCUGGAGGAGCCCGAGAGCAUCAUGGAGUUUAACUUGUAUCGAGAGAAAUUUCACGAGAAGGUCAAGAAACUCCUCCUGGACCCUGAUGUGACUCUAAUCUUGAAAGGGGAUUCUAAAAACUGAACUCUGCACAAAACAGUGAAUCGCCUCCAAUACUUACUACUUCUUUGUGCCCAGAUAGAAUGUCCCCCAAGAACUAAAGAGAACAAAUAUUCCCCUUUUUAGCUACACACAACAGCAUAAUUUUAUUUUUUGUUUACAGCAUCCUAGCGAUGCUCUAUGGGAAUUCCUUCCAACAUGUUCCUAAUGAACAUUCCAGUUCUUUAUUUGAAAGGCUUGACGUUUGUAGUUGUAGGUUAAAUCUCUUUGUUGUGAAGGAGUCUAAGAGACGUCAGCUCGCACACUUGCCUAUUUUUAAAAAGUUAUUUUUCUCCUAGGAUAGUUGUUGAGACUAGCUAGACUUUAAGAUUGGGCUUAAUGCUUGUGUGAGGUGUUUUCACAUAUUUAUUCAGUGCUGCCUCCUUGACUGUUUGUAAAAGUACAUCAUCUCAGGAAAUCUAGUAUUUAUGUCCAGAGAAGGAGAUCAAACCUGUACAAAAAUAUGACAACCAUGUGUUUUAUCCUGACUCAAUUGUGCUGUUGUGACAGGCAAUUAAAUGUUAUUUUGCAUGUUUUAAUGCGUUCUUCCAUCGGUACUAACAUUCUCAUCAGGUCCUUACAUUUCAACAAGCACACUUCUAUAGUCGUUUCAUCCUUUGAGUCGAUGAAAUAAGUAUAAAUAAAUCAAACAAAAGUGAUCAUGGCACCGCUUCGAACAUUUGAGUACAGAUGGCACGGUUUGUGCCUGACUGAUUUUGUGAGCAUAGUAAGUUAACUGUUUGAUUAUGAUGUAACAGCUAUGUUUAAUUUAUAUCUAAAGUGUUCAUGAUUUGAAAAAUAACACUAAUUUGUAAUUUUUUUACAGUCCUGCUCAAGUUGUUUAUACUGUCAAUAAUGUGCUUCAUGGUAAAUAAAUUUAAUUCCAGACAAAGUGUCUGAUGUUUCUAACAGAGGAAGUGUGUGUGUAUGUGUGUGUGGUUAAAUAAAAGAAAUACAACAAAUGUAAGA